CCUCAACCAUUUUCCAACUAUUUUUGUUCAAUUUAUGAACAACAUUUUAAUGGCGGAUUCGGAUAACGAAUCCGUGCUGCUUCGGGAGCAAGAUAGGUUUCUCCCGAUAGCGAACGUGAGCCGGAUCAUGAAGAAAGCGGUUCCUGCCAACGGGAAGAUAUCAAAAGAGGCCAAGGAGACGGUGCAGGAGUGUGUGUCCGAGUUUGUUAGCUUCAUCACGGGCGAAGCGUCGGAUAAGUGUCAAAGAGAGAAGAGGAAGACGAUCAACGGUGAUGAUUUGCUAUGGGCAAUGACGACUUUAGGGUUUGAGGAUUAUGUGGAGUCGUUGAAGGUUUAUUUGCAAAAGUUUCGAGAUAUGGAAGGGGACAAGACUGCGGUUGUAGGGCGGAUAGGGGAGGAGAAGGAGAAUGAGAACCAGAACGAGAACGAGGGUAGUUUUUAUGAUCAUAGUGGCGGUCGCCUUAACGGAUCGUCAGGGUACUACCAGAUGCAAGUGCCUCAUAAAUCAAGACUGGUUUAUCACUAUUGAUAUAUGGUCCGGUAAAUGGCUGUCGUGACCAAAUAAGUGUAACCAAAUUUUGAAAUAAUGAUCUUUUAGUAGUUUAAUGAAACAAAGUGCUUGUAGCUCAACGGUAACAAAGACUAUAGUAUAGGUUUAUCUUACUCAAAGGAUUGAUGUUCAGUCUUACUUUUACGGUAGGCAUUUGUGUAAAUUUAGGGGUAGUUUUAACGAGUGUAUGAGUUAAUUU